GUAUCGCUCAAGGCGAGAGAGAGACUGACAUCGCCCAAAAUGAGAAUUGAAUAGUUUACUGAACUUGGGACGACAAUUGGUGUGCAACAUGGUUGUAACUUUUAGAAUUCCAAGGUAACGUCUGACGCUUUAUGCGUGGUUAAAGAGAACUGUUUCCGGCCUAUAGUUUAAAAACAACAUGUCUGUGAGUGCAAGUGCAGAAAACUUGUCGAGUGACAAUCAAAGCUCAGGAGACGGAGGCACUAUGUGCCUGGAACUGGCACUCGAAGGAGAAAGGCUUUGCAAGGCAGGAGAUUGUCGAGCAGGAGUUGCAUUCUUUCAGGCAGCAAUUCAAGCAGGCACCGACGACCUUAGAACACUAAGUGCUAUCUACAGCCAACUUGGAAAUGCGUAUUUUUACCUUGGAGACUAUGUUAAGGCAAUGCAGUAUCACAAACAUGAUCUGACACUUGCACGCACCAUGGGAGAUAAAUUAGGAGAAGCAAAAUCAAGUGGAAACCUGGGAAACACAUUGAAAGUUAUGGGGAAAUUUGAUGAGGCUAUGAUAUGCUGCAAGCGACAUUUAGAAAUAUCUCGGGAACUUGGUGAUAAGUUAAGUGAAGGACGAGCACUUUACAAUCUUGGUAAUGUAUAUCAUGCAAAAGGAAAACACAUUGGGCGAGUAGGGCAGCAAGAUCCAGGGGAAUUUCCAGAAGAUGUUAGAUCAUGUCUCCAGGAAGCUGUGAAGUACUAUGAGGAAAACUUGCAGUUGAUGAGAGAACUGAAUGAAACAGCAGCUCAGGGUCGUGCAUGUGGAAAUCUUGGGAAUACCUAUUACUUACUUGGUGAUUUCCAGAAAGCCAUACACUAUCAUGAGGAGAGAUUGAAAAUUGCGAGAGAAUUUGGUGAUAAGGCUGCGGAAAGGAGAGCCAAUAGCAAUUUAGGUAAUUCUCACAUAUUUCUUGGUGAAUUUGAAGCUGCAGCAGAACAUUACAAGAGAACAUUAGUGCUAGCACAAGAAUUGGGAGACCGAGCUGUUGAAGCUCAAGCAUGUUAUAGUUUGGGUAAUACUUAUACCUUACUUCGAGAUUAUCCGACUGCUAUUGAAUAUCAUCUACGCCAUUUAAUCAUUGCACAGCAGCUGAUGGAUAGAGUUGGAGAAGGACGAGCAUGUUGGAGUCUGGGUAAUGCGCACUCUGCAAUGGGUAACCAUGAAAAGGCGCUUUACUUUGCAAGUAAACAUCUGGAAAUUUCAAAAGAGCUUGGCGAUACCAUGGGUCAAGCAACAGCUCAGAUGAAUGUGUCGGAUCUGCGCAAGGUCCUAGGUCUGCCAGUCACUGACUUGUCUCCAGAGAGUCAGCAGCUCCUGACAUCACUGUCUGACCAGGGAUCACCAGCUUGUUUACGCAGAUAUAGGGUGAGGAGACACAGCAUGGAACAACUGGAUCUUAUAAAGUUAACACCUGAAAACAAACAGAAACCUAAUGGGGACUUGUCAAACAACCAAUCUGAAACAGCUGCACAAGAAUGUCAGCAAUCAGCUGCUACUGCUGCUGCCACUGCCCCAGCUGAUGAAACAAAGACAGAACAUAUGGAAGACGAGGAAUCAUUUUUUGAUCUACUUUCUCGUUUCCAAUCAAAAAGAAUGGAUGACCAGCGGUGUUCGCUCAGUGUUGCCGACAACAAGGAGAAUAAUCAUAACAACAAUCUUACUCCUAACAAUCUAUUAAGUUGCGCUACAGGAAAUAGACCAGUCCCUCUCAAUAAUGCUGCCAUUACAUCGAACAAGGAAAAUGCUGUUUCAAAUGCAGGGAAUGGAGACUCAUCAAAAGUGCAAGAGGAGUUGCUAGACCUAAUUGCAGGCAUGCAGAGCAAGCGAAUGGAUGAACAAAGGGUUGCUUUGCCACAUUUACCAGGACUGCUUCCACCAUCACAAGUACAGAGGCUUUCACUUGGUUCUGCUCCAGAUGAUACCUUCUUAGAGAUGCUGAUGCGUUGUCAGAGUUCCAGGUUAGAGGACCAACGCAGUUCUCUGCCCACUGAUGAUAAUGAAACUGAAGGAGAAGCUCGAACACACUCUGCCGCUCGAGGUGCUACUGUUCCUGAUGAAGACUUUUUCUCACUCAUUAUGCGUUUGCAGUCUGGUCGCAUGGAAGACCAGCGUGCUUCUGUCCCUAUUGUCCCGACUGCCCCUGCGCCACUUGCAGAGAACAGACAAGCUUCAAGAAAGGACAAGAAGAAAUGACUAACACUGUCUGCCCCUCCUUCUUUGGAACGCUAGGGGGCAUUUGAACAGCUGAAUCAACAUUACAAAUCUAUGCUGCUUCCAUUACCGACUGUGAUGGGUAGGUUGUAAGGACAUGUUAGAUUUUACAGCGCCCUAUUUUCAACAGGGUUGGUAAUGGUGUAGCUUAGCUGUGAACAGUUGGUGUGUUUGUCAUUGCCUGUCAAUCAGUUCAGUUUUGCAGCAUUUACCACAGUAAUUUUGAAUGCCAUUCUCAGUAUAGUUAUAAAUCAGAUGAUGUUAUCCACCAUUUAUGUGCCAGGAUAGACCAGUGAACAACUUUUUCCCCGGUAUAUACAACAUUUGUGCAGUCAGAAUACAUUUUCAACAGAAUCUAUAUAAUUUAUUGUAAUAUUAAUUGCUUGGAAUGCUGCUAAUAUUCUACCUUUAAUGGGCUGAUUUGUUUCACUGCAAAAGACAGUUCUAAAUACUUUUAUAAAAAUGGAGGUUAUUGUGCCAAAUCUGCUCAGUUUAGAAUUGAUGCUAUGGUGCCUGUAUAAACAGCAGCUGUAUGCAUAAAAUUACCAUCAUUAAACAAAAAAUUGUUUUGUAGUUGCAGAGAAUAACUAACAAAAAACAAAAAGGUGUGAACGUUUCCCGCAUUUGGGUUUUAUUAUGACAUUGAAACAACAACUUCUGUUUGUGUAGUUUUUUGUUUAUAAUUUUUUAAUCAAUAUUGUUUGUCAUCUGUUUGCUGUGAAGAGUUGCCCAGCAUUAUGUGAAUGCCUGUAACUGCCAAACGAUCUCAGUUUGUUAUUACUGUGAAUUGGCUGAUGAAAUACCCAGUUGGUAUUUUCUCUCUACUUCUUUCUCUGUUGUCCGGUUCCAUAUCUGAGUGGUUAGUGUGGCUGAGUGCCAUCUAGAGGUCCCGGAUUCAAUUCCCAAUACUGCCAAGGACUUUUCCUUGGUGGAACAACUGCACCAGAGUCCACUGAGCCUCACCAUGCCAGUUAAGGAGUGCUUGAAUGAUCAGAAGCAUUACAAGGUCUCUGAAGUUGACAUUGAAAGGGGAGAGGUGUGCUGACCCCAUUUCCCUUUAUAAUGCACCCAAAUGAUGCCAUUAGCUGAGGAUGACACGGUCGUUAGUUGGUCCCGUUUGGUCUGUCUGAGGCCAUGAUGAUGGAACUUUGUUGUUGUCUUUCUUUCUCUGUUAGUGCAUUUAUCCCCACCUUCAUAACCUUCAAGAUGAAAGUACUGCACAGAGCAGGGGUGAGAGCAGGAGCAUAUCGUCCAUCUCCUAGGGCUGCACUGCAAAUGUGUAUUAUAGUAUGAAAGCAUUGGAACAAGUCAGUACAGAUCUUGUUGUACGGUAAUCAGUGCAAAGUAGAGAUCAUUCUUGCAAAAAAAAAAAAUCCUUUAUAGCUUUGUAAGUAAUUGUAAGAUGCUGCAAAAUUGUACGUGUAAAACUCAAUGGAAAUUCCGGGAUGGAAUAACAACAAUAUAAAAAGAUAGAUUGUUAGUAAUCACACAUAACAAGUGUUGACUUGCAGACACACACAAUGAAAAGACUACUAAACUUUUAUCUUUUAAAAAAAAGUCCUCCUCCAGAAGCAGCAGUCACUUGGGCAUAGACAGUGACAGUUUGUGUGUGUUUGUUUUUCUGCUUCCAAAUUAGGACUUUUUUUCUGGAAGCUAAAAGUUUAGCAAUCUUUUCUUUGUGUCUUUCUGUGAGUCAGCUCCUCCUCUAUGCUGUGAAUAGCAAUCUAUACUUUUUGCAUAUAAAACUCAAUCAUUUAUAAUUAUUAAAUAUGAGCACCAGGGUAACUCCAACUGCAGAGUUUGUGUACGAUAUAUGGUCACCAUCAUCACAGGAAAGAGAUGACUGAUUGGGCUGGUAUGUGUAUGUAGUCAUCCGCGUGAAUUAAAUAAAAUGGUUAAUGCCAAAAAUACUAUAGUCAAAGGAUUUCGUUCUCCAGUUAGGCUUCCAUAAAACCUUUAGAUUAAUUAAGAUGACAGUCAUAAAUGCUAAACUACAUUGCAACACAGUUAUGCUCCAUUUAUUUUAAUGUAUGUUGGAUGAGUGUAGGAUAUAUCACAUAAAACUUAGCAAAUAAAAUUGAAGUCAUUUUCUAAAUCUCCAUCCUGAUAGAAAGACAGAAGAAGAGAAAAUACAGUGGAAACUAGAAAAGAAGUCAAGGCAAAAAUGUGCUGGAAAACUACAAAAAAACAUAUGAUAAAGACGUGGAAGAACAGUGCAAUUAAAUCACAAAUUAACCUUCAUACUUACUUCAAUAUAAGACUGUAUCUCUGUGUAUUCAUAUCAUACAUCUGCUUGUUUUAUCGUUUUCUAUAAUUUUUAUACUUCUGUUUUUCUUUUGUUCUUAUUUAUUUAUUUCUUUAUUAUUGGUCACUUGUAGAUACAGCUGCGAAUCACCCAUCGUAGUAGUAGUGGAUGGCAUAUCCAUAUAAAAAUAAUUCAGGGUAACUGUUCUCAGACCUGUUUUUCAUUCUUUGAAAAUCAGUUAUUUAAAAAUUAGAGGUACUAUUCGCAUAUUCUUUCUUCUUCUUGUUGUUGUCUUCAGUCCUGAGACUGGUUUGAUGCAGCUCUCCAUGCUACUCUAUCCUCUGCAAGCUUCUUCAUCUCCCAGUACCUACUGCAACCUACAUCCUUCUGAAUCUGCUUAGUGUAUUCAUCUCUUGGUCUCCCCCUACGAUUUUUACCCUCCACGCUGCCCUCCAAUACUAAAUUGGUGAUCCCUUGAUGCCUCAGAACAUGUCCUACCAACCGAUCCCUUCUUCUGGUCAAGUUGUGCCACAAACUUCUGUUCUCCCCAAUCCUAUUCAAUACUUCCUCAUUAGUUAUGUGAUCUACCUUUCUUAGCUUCUAAAAUUUCUAGUUUUGAAUUCUCAGAAACUGCAGUAUUUUGACAAAGAAUCGCCAACAGCUUAUGAUCAUAAAGUCGUCCAAGACCAUAUGAAACAUAGCUUUAUUGUUAAAUGUUUUGUUUGUUGUGUUGCAUUUGGAAUAUUUUGUUUGGAAACAAGUUAUGAAACAAUUCAGCCCUGUGUGAAUACAAGCUAUGAUUUAUCCUGGAAUUCUUCAAUUAUAUUAAACAUUUGUAUAUUUGUUAUACCUGCAUUUCAUUUCAGUAGAUGUUUAGUAAAAUGCACAUAAAAUAUCCACAUGUUGCAGGCACAAUGAAAAUGAAGGUCAAUUUAUCCCCUCUGUUAUCUAUUCGAUGCCUCUGCAGAUAGCUUCUCUGUUUUAAUCAUUUUUGCAACCAUCUCAAAGUUGUAAAAUUUUGUUGGCCAAUAUAUCAUCAUUUAUUAUUGUUACUAUUGUUAUCUAACAGCCUGUCCUUGUCUUCAGUUUUGUAGCAUAUUUGCCCUUUCCCCGUUCCUAUGUGUUUUAAAGUUAUUUUCUGUUGUUUCAGUUAUGGAAUGUUCACUAAUUACAGUAUUGGCAUUUUAAAUCACCCCCAAGUAUAAUUUUGGAUUGUAGUGAGAUCAGUGUGCAAAAACACUAUUUAAACUCUUUCUCACAAAAGCAAAUAAGAUCCACGAGCUAUUAAAACUAAAAUUUUAUCCAAAAUUUUGGGAUUUCAAAAUAAAGAAUUUGUUUACUUCUUGUAUAUUGCGAAAGUAUAUAUGGCCAACAUAAUUAUCGAAUUAAGUAAAAUAAACACUCUGACAGAUGUAAAACUGGUUAUGCUAGUCCAUAUAUUUGAGAUCACAGCUAACAAGUGUGUUCAUGUGGAAUGAAAAAAAAAAUUGACUACUGUUUCUCACAAAUUUAAUCUUUAUUUGUAGAUAGGAUAACCAAGAAGAUUUAUAUAGUACUAUGUUAAUGUAAGUUGUUGCAAGGAGAAAGGAUAGUGUAGAAACAAACUUUUAUUUAAUAUAAAGUAAUAAUUGCAUCAUUUCUGCUAUAACUGACAUAUCUCAGUGGAGCAUUUCAUCAGUAUUGAUCUGCAUUUGUGAAUGAGAAUCUCUAAUACUAUAUCCUUAAAUAUUCUAUUUCAGGAAAGUCAUGCAUGACAAAGACUGCAGUAUUGCCAAGUCAUUUCAGCUUGAUUUCUUUUACUUAGAAAUCUGUAUGGAUUCUAAUAAGGAGAUUUGUGGACUCAUGUCUCAUUACUGGUUUUGAAGUAGUGUUAGAAUAUUUAAAAAAGAAAAGCAAACAGUGAAAAUUGAUUUUAGAUUGUGUGUGUGUGUGUGUGUGUGUGUGUGUGUGUGUGAGAGAGAGAGAGAGAGAGAGAGAGAGAGAGAGAGAGAGAGAGAGAGAGAGAGAUUGUCAUUUUUUGAAGUAAAAUCUACUUCGUGGUGGCAACUGUGUGAUAUUGCAUUCUGUGUCACAGAAAUUGCCAGACUUUUUCCUCUGAAAUAAUUGCAAUGUAUGCAGUUAGAUUUGUAUUUGUAGUUAUGUUUUGUAGCUCAUUAGCAUAAACUUUACAUAUGUGAACUGUUUCAUUCUCAUUUGUAGCUUUCUGUGGAGGUUGUUUUGCCACAUAAAAGUUUUUAAAGUGAAUAGAUAUUACUAUUAAUGCAGUAAUGGAAUAGUUUUGUAAUUUUUUUUUCUUAUAACUGUUUUAAAGAUCUUUUAUUUCCUUAGAGGCUUUAUGACAAAUAUAUUUGUGUGCAGUAAAAACUGAAAGGAAUGUAGCAGGAUGCAUUUGUUUAGAUAUGGAACAUGUUCACUGAAUGGUCGUGCCAAAGAUAGUCUGUUGAAUUAAAAUACUAAUUAUAACUGGAUAUUAACUUGUUACAUUGUUACCAGUUUAUACCUGACAGGUGGGAGAGAAGGAUAUAUUUAAAAAUUGUCUUUUAACUUCAUUCCAAAGAAGUGUAAUAUUAAAAUAAUUCUGCAUUAAAACAAAAUUAUUUUGUUAAAUAAUAUGAGCAACAUUUUUGAAAAUCCAGUAAUUGCAAGUACUUUUUAAGGUGCUAAGUAGUGUAGUUGCUCAAUGAAAAUAACUAUAUAUAUAUAUAUAUAUAUAU